AUGGCCUGGGGCUGGGAUCAAUCCGACGACGCUCACCGUCAGGUGUACGAGAACAAGCACGAGGGCCACCUGUCCCACGAGCUCCUUGCCGGUGCCGCUUCCUUCGCUGGCAUGAAGGCCUGGGAGGACCACCAGCGCAAGCAGGGCAAGCCCGUCAGCCACGCUUUCGCCAAGGAGGCCCUUGCCGCCGUUGUUGGCGCUGAGGUCGACAAGCUCGCCGAGACCAAGGGCAUGGACGAAGUCGACAAGAUCAAGGCCCGCGAGCACGCCAAGAAGAACGCUCACCACAUGUACGAGGAGCACUACGAGCGCGGACACGGUGCCCCCGAGUUCGACCCCGGCCGCUUCCCUCCCCCUGACCGCUUCGAGGGCCGCCGUGGUGGCUGGAUUCCACCCGUUCAGGAAAGCUCGCGGAUUAUCCAUGCGUUGACGAUGCAAGGUGUGCGGGAAGGCGACGGGCGCAUCACCCACAUGGGCUUCAAAAGUUGUAAGACAAUGUUUAAUGACAGCUUAACAACAUCAACAUCAACAUUCACAUUCAAUGUCGCGAACCAGGCAAGUCGCCCAGCUCAAAAAGGGGUAAUUACCCAAGCCGGGCAGGUUAUCCACGGAACAACGACCAAACAUCAAACAUCAAACCUCGGGAUUGCCUUGAGGGGGGCGGCGAAAGGCGGUCUGGCCCUACCUUUCCUCUUUCACUCACAUCGGAACCGGAUUAAUCCGGCGGCGAGCAAAUGA